AUGUGUGGACGUUUUGCUUGUGGUUUAGCACCUGAUGUUGUACGUCGUUUAUCGACCUAUAUGAAUUCUCAAACACAAGAAACAAUUUUACCACCAUAUAUUGAUUUAAUGUCAUCAAUACAACCUUUUCGAACAAGUUGGAAUUUACCUCCAACUUCUACUUGUCUUUGUUUAAUUUCGGCUAAACAUCUCGAUGAAACAGAAGAUUCAGCAACACGAGUUCUUUGUUCAAUGCGUUGGUCACUUGUUCCACAUUAUCAUAAAGGCAGUUUAAAUGAAUAUAAACCUAUUCUAAACAAUUGUCGAGUAGAAACAAUUGAAGAAAAACCAACAUUUAACGUACCAUUAAAGAAUGGUAGACGAUGUGUUAUUCUUGCCGAAGGUUUCUAUGAAUGGAAGCAGAAUGUACCGAAAACACCUUAUUUUAUAUAUGAAACUGAACCAUUGAUUAAUGAAAAACAUUAUCCUAAUAUAGAUACUGAUAAAAUUCUUGAAAAAAUCGAUAAAGAUAAUCAAGGAAAAUUACCAUUAUUAGCAAUGGCUGGUAUUUUUGAUAUUAAUCGAAAUUGCGAAACUGAUCCAUUAUAUUCAUGUACAGUUUGUACAGUAGAUGCUAGUGAAACAAUGUUAAAUGUACAUGUACGAAUGCCGGCUAUUUUAACGACACAACAAGAAAUUGAUCAAUGGCUUGAUUUUGGCCGAUAUGAUACUGAAAAAGUUCUUCCAUUACUUGUAUCACAUAAUGAUAUUCAAAUGUAUCGAGUCACACCAAGUGUAGGUUCAACAAAAACAAAUGAUAUGAAUAAUAUUCGUCCAUUUAUUGCCGAUCAAAACAAUAAAACAAUUUCACCAAAUCGAAAUACACUCGAUUCAUUUAUUAUCAAAGGAAAAUCUUUUGAAGAACCUACAUCGAAAAAUGAUAAUAUUAAAAAAACCAAAAAGACACCUACAAAACGUGGUCAAAGUUCAAUCGAAGAUUAUAUGUUUAAGGAUACAAAAUCAGCUGGAAAACGAUUUAAAAAAUAG